CAAAUUUAUCAUUUAAAAAAUAUAAUAACAAUAAUUCAACAUAUAUAAAAAAGGAAAUUUAGCUCUAUUUCUUUUUCUUUCCCUCUCUCUCUAAAAAUUAUGCAGUGAAACCGCCUCGAUCUUCACGCGAUUUCAUGUUUAGGAUUUGAUCGGAUUGGAAAUGGAAAUAUAAGGGGAGGCACAUUCGUGAUUCGUUGAUAGUGUAUGAUUUCGAAGAAUGUCCGCUAGGAGUGAUCAUCAUCAGACUGUUCCCCUUUCGGUAUUGUUGAAACGAGAAUUGGCAAGUGAGAAGGUUGAGAAACCGGAGAUUUCGCAUGGUCAGGCUAAUCAGAGCAAGAAGGGUGAGGAUUUUACAUUGGUUAAGACGGAAUGUCAGCGUGUGCUAGGUGAUGAUGUUACCACGUAUCAUGUUUUCGGGCUUUUCGAUGGGCACAAUGGGUCUGCAGCUGCUAUAUACAGCAAGGAGAAUCUUUUGGCUAAUGUCCUGGGUGCUAUUCCACCAGAUCUUAAUAGGGAUGAAUGGAUUGCAGCAUUGCCGAGGGCCUUGGUUGCAGGGUUUGUGAAAACAGAUAAGGAUUUGCAAGAAAGAGCGCGAACUUCAGGAACAACUGUUACCUUUGUGUUAAUCGAAGGACUCUUUGUAACUGUAGCAUCAGUUGGUGAUUCCCGUUGCAUCCUUGAAUCUUCAGAAGGAGAAAUCUAUUAUCUAUCUGCAGAUCAUAGACUUGAAACAAAUGAAGAAGAGAGGAAGCGUAUCAUUGCAAGUGGUGGCGAGGUUGGUCGACUUAACACUGGUGGUGGUACGCAGAUCGGUCCUUUGAGAUGCUGGCCAGGUGGGUUGUGCCUAUCACGAUCUAUUGGAGAUAUGGACGUUGGCGAGUACAUUGUCCCUGUUCCUCACGUGAAACAAGUGAAGCUCUCCUCGAGUGGUGGCAGACUUGUUAUAUCAAGUGACGGUGUCUGGGAUGCUUUAAGUGCCGAAACAGCGUUUGAGUGUUGUCGUGGAAUGCCACCAGAUGCCGCAGCUUCACAAAUAGUAAAAGAAGCUGUAGGGUUUAAAGGACUUCGAGAUGACACAACCUGCAUUGUGAUAGAUUUACAACCCCCAGAGAAGCCAAGUCCUCCUUUGCCGGCACCACCUAGAAAGCAGGGAAUGAAAGUUUUUAAGUCUAUGUUUAAAAAGAAGAGUUCUGAGCCAUCUUCAGUUUCUGAGAAGGAGUACAGUGAACCAGAUGCGGUUGAGGAAUUAGUAGAAGAAGAAUCUGCAAAUCUUUCUGAAAGGCUGGACACAAAGUACCCAAUCUGCAACAUGUUUAAAUUGUUUAUAUGCGCCAUUUGUCAAGUGGAGAUGAAACCUGGAGAGGGAGUUUCAAUACACUCAGGAACUGAAAAUACAAAAAAAAUACGGCCCUGGGAUGGUCCUUUUCUUUGCUCAAGUUGCCAAGAGAAGAAAGAAGCUAUGGAAGGGAGAAGAACUUUUGGAGAUUCUACAUACAGUAGUGGAAGUGAAUAGCCAAGCUUGACUACAUGUGCAUUACACAAAAAACUAACCAUUGUUUGCAAUUAAAUCGUAAAUGGUAAGGCGUAUUAGAAAAAUGAAUCCCAACUAGGUUUCUUGCAAGGAUUUCAAUCUGAGUUCAUUUAUCGAAACCAUGGGGACUAGUGAGGAUCCUUCCCUUUGCUUUGGUACCUUAAAGUUGGAGAUCAGAGAUAGGAUUGCAUAUUAUAGUUAGAGUAAUCCUGAUUGCAUCGCUGUUGACGAAUCGAGUAUCCCAGUCCAAAUAUGGGAAUACGAGGCUCACUAAAGUAACACGAAAUACAAGUUGAAAGUGAAACUUAUAAGUUUCUUCUAUAAAACUGUUCGAUAUUAUACUGGCCCUUUACCUCAUAAUUCAACACUGUAACUCAAUUCUUGGUGUAUUAUUGUUAGGAAGUUUGACAAGAACUGUCAUUUGCGAUUAGAUUUUUUCACGUGACAUGAAAAUGUAUGAAGACAUUCUUCAGAAUAGACAAACCAUUGAUUUUUAUAUAUACAGUUCUUUUACAAGGCCUUGGCAUU